AUGGUCACAGCCCUCUUCAGGACAGGCAUCUUCCACCAUCUGUUUGAGGCCUACGCCGACUUGCCCAUGCCCGACGGCACCGGGAGCAUGAGCGUAAAGGGUCUUUUGCGCUGCUGCUGUGACUUCGAGCUCUUCCCGGAUCGGAUCGACUAUAAGACGAUCCUCUGGAUCUACAACUCCGCCGAAGGCGGGCGGGAGUUUUGGCUGGAGCCCAUAUGUAUGUCCUAA